AACUAGACUUUGAAGCAGUAAUUGUCAUAUUUUCUCAGACACAGUUGUGAAACAGAUAUUCUCCAUCAUGAUGUUGAGUCCCAACCAGACAAUGGUGACAGAUUUUGUGCUGGAAGGGUUCUCAGAGCAAACUGGUCUAAGAUUGCUCCUGAUAGCCUGCUUCUUGACCCUCUACACAAUGGCUCUACUAGGCAACAUUGUCAUCAUUGCUUUGGUCACCUCCAGCACUGGGCUCCACAGUCCCAUGUACUUUUUCCUGUGCAACCUGGCCACCAUGGAUAUUGUCUGCACCUCCUCUGUGCUUCCCAAAGCACUGCUUGGCCUAAUCUCUGAUGAAAACACCAUCUCCUUCAAGGGGUGUAUGGCCCAGCUCUUCUUCCUUCUGUGGUCUUUGUCUUCUGAGCUGCUGCUGCUCACAGUCAUGGCCUAUGACCGCUACAUGGCCAUCUGCCAUCCCCUGCACUAUAGCUCUAGAAUGAGCCCACACCUGUGUGGGACCCUAGCCAUGGGUGUGUGGUCCAUCUGUGCUCUGAAUGCAUCUGUCCACACUGGUCUGAUGACACGGCUGUCAUUCUGUGGCCCCAAGGUCAUCACGCACUUCUUCUGUGAGAUCCCCCCACUCCUCCUGCUCUCCUGCAGCUCCACAUAUGUGAAUAGCAUUAUGACUCUUGUGGCAGAUGCCUUUUAUGGAGGCAUCAACUUCAUCCUCACCUUACUCUCCUAUGGCUGCAUCAUCGCCAGCAUCCUGCACAUGCGUUCUGCUGAGGGCAAGAGGAAGGCCUUUUCUACCUGCUCCUCCCACCUCAUUGUGGUCUGUGUGUACUACUCAUCUGUCUUCUGUGCCUACAUCAGUCCUGCUUCCAGCUACAGCCCAGAAAGAAGCAAAGUGACUUCGGUGCUGUACUCAGUGCUCAGCCCAACCCUGAACCCCCUUAUUUAUACACUGAGGAACAAGGAUGUCAAGCUCGCCCUAGGGAGACUCUUGCCCUCUUUCUCACAUUAAGUGGAGAUGUGGGAGAUGUUCUCCUGGCCUGGGCUGUUCCUACACAUGCUCUCCUGAGAGCAGCCUCAU